UAUUACUUCCAUUCCUUCUCUUAAGAGUGCCAUUUAUUCUAAUCAAAAUAUUUUCCCAAUAACUUCUCACAUUUUUUUAUCACGCUCCCUCGAUAAGAUAAUACUUAUUAAAAAAGUCAAAGAGCGAAGCAAAUGAACGCUUUUCGUACUGAACAAAUAUUAGUUACGCUGGACUUCUAAGGCCGAACGGUCGCUCCCUCGGCAAAACAAAAUAUUAGAACAGCGAUCGGAAAAUUGCACAUGUUGUUAUAAAAAUGACGUCACUGCGCGAAAAGGCGUUCUUGUGGAUAUGUUUGUUUUUUCUAGUGGGAAGGAUCUCCAACUCGGAUGCAGACUCAAUUGACGAUCAGUGCAUGCACGCGGACAGCUGCGAAAGAUGUUUAUCCGCUCACAUGGAAUGCGCUUGGUGCACGGACAAGAAAUACAAAGAUGCAUAUCGCUGUCUCUCUCGCCGGCUACUACUUACCAAUAACUGCAGUGAGACGUAUAUAUAUGAGAACCAGCCGGUCCUCGAUGUCCUUCAGGAUAAGCCCCUAAAGGACUACGAAACCAGGGAUCAGGCUGUUCAAGUGACACCCCAGCGGGCAUAUCUUAGAUUGGUCAAGGAAAACACGCAAAGAAUCAAGCUGAGCUACAGAGCUGCACGCAACAAUCCACUCGAUUUGUACGUUUUGAUGGAUCUAACCUGGACAAUGAGGGACGACAAGGAAACGCUGGAGGAGUUGGGAGCCCAGCUCAGCCAGACGCUAAAAAACUUGACUGCAAACUACAGACUGGGCUUUGGUUCCUUCGCGGAUAAGCCAACUGUACCCAUGAUUCUGCCACAGCAUAGGGAAAAUCCCUGUGCUGGGGAGCAGGCCAAGUGUGAACCAACCUACGGAUACAGACAUCAGCUAUCACUAACCGAUGAUAUCCCAGCAUUUACCGCGGCCGUGGCAAAUAGCAAGAUCACGGGAAACUUGGAUAACCUCGAAGGCGGCUUGGACGCUCUAAUGCAGGUCAUAGUGUGCACCAAGGAAAUCGGCUGGAAGGAACAAGCGCGGAAGGUGGUGAUCCUGGUAACCGAUGGCUUUAUGCAUUUGGCGGGAGACGGGCUUCUAGCAGGCAUCAUCCAACGCAAUGAUAAGCAGUGUCACCUGAAUAAAGCAGGGGAAUACACGGGCUCCUUGGACUACGACUACCCCUCGCUGGAGGAAAUCUAUCGGGAGCUGCUUCGCCGAAAGAUUAAUGUGAUCUUUGCUGUCACCCAGGAGGUGGUGAGCAGCUAUAUGGAACUCAGUGCCCUAAUGAAGGAAAUCAGCUAUGUGGACAUCCUGAGUGCUGAUUCCUCCAACAUAUUGGAGCUAAUCAAAAAGAGCUUUGCGAGUCUGAUUAAACGCACUCAGUUCGCCGAUAAUAGCCCGGAUUUUAUUGACAUGGUUUAUUAUACGGAUUGCGGUGGUCAGUUUCCGAGCUUGCAAAAGCGGAAUUACUGCAAUAACGUCAGUCUGGGCAAGCAGAUUGAUUUCUACGUGGACGUCACCCUGAAGAAACAUCCCGAUAAUCAGGUUUAUACCCACAAAAUCCGCGUGGAGGAAACAUCCUUGAGCGAGUUCAUGGACUUGGAUGUGGAGCUUCAGCGUCCGUGUCCCUGCCAGGAUACUCCGGAUCCGAGGAAAGAGGAAGGCCGAUCCCUGUGCGAUAAUAAUGGCUAUUUAUACUGCGGAAUGUGCAGUUGCGACGACGGGUGGACCGGGACCUACUGCAAAUGUCCCACGGACGCCACAAAUGUCACCAGCAAUGAAGCUCUGCUCCAGAAAUGCCGUCAAACGCUGUCGGAUAAAUCCACUUCCGAAUUGGUUUGCUCCAAUCACGGGGACUGUGACUGUGGCAAAUGCCUGUGUGAUCCUGGAUACAAGGGUACUUUCUGCGAGUGUCGCGAGUGCCUGGACUGCGAUGAAAAGUUGGCAGAUUGUUCCUGCGGCCAGUGCGUUUGCAAGUACGGAUGGUCCGGUACCAAAUGCAACUGCGAUGGGGCCACCGUUGCCUGUGUGGGACCCACGGGCGAAAUAUGCUCGGAAAGAGGCACCUGCGAGUGCGAGGAGUGCCAGUGUGAGAAGCCGUACUUGGGAAAAUUCUGUGAAAUCGAUCCGGAAAAGGACAACAAGCUGUGUUUGUUCUAUGAGCCCUGUGUUACCUGUCUGAUCAAACAAAAACAGGGAAUGGGCGCUUGCGAAAACCUAACGCAUAUAUGUAGCAGCUUGGAUAGACAAGAAACCUAUUCGUACAACUUUGUCCACGAGUUGGAUCCCGAGCAGAAUCAAUGCUUGGUGAGAAUGGUGAACAAGCACGGCAUCCAAUGCGACAGCUUCUUCGCCUAUCAGGUCAUCGACCACUCAAACUUAUUGAUCAUCCAAGCGGUUGAUUGCGAGCCCACGGAUAAAGUUGCCCUGUUGGGCUAUAUAUCGGCAUUUACUCUGCUGGUUGGACUUUUGACCAUUUUGCUAGUUCUGUGGUACAUUCGAGCCAAGGAUGCCAGGGAAUUUGCCAGGUUCGAGGAAGAUCAGAAGAACAGUGUCCGACAGGAGAAUCCCCUUUACAGGGAUCCAGUGGGAAGAUAUGAAGUGCCCAAGGCGCUAAGUGUAAAGUAUGAUGAGAAUCCUUUCGCAAGUUAACUUCAAUCUUUGCUUAAAAUUUAAGUUAUACUGGUUGUGUUUCUUUUUGGUCAUCAUUUAUUCAAGCUCAUUUCAUGAGAGUU